AUGCAGACGAAUUUCGAGCAACUGAUUGUUGAAGCUACUCAGUCGUCAGUAUCGUCUGAGACUCUGGAACAAUUAACUUUGCAUUUUCAACAAAAUCUUGGACAGUCAUUGCCAGCGUUUCUAACGCAGAUAUACAAACCAUUAUUAUUGUUAGAGCAUAAAGUAUGGCACAUAUUUAGUGAAAGUUCCAAUAACUGGUGUCAACAGUCAUCCUGUUUGGAAUUUUUCCAAGCUUUGGCAGCAUUCAAUAAAAAUCUUAUUUUUCAAUCCGAAAGCAUAACGAUUGAAGAAAAGAUUUCUCUUCUCAUUCCUGAAUCAAUCGACUUAAUCAACACAAUAUUCGAACGGAUCGACAAAUGCACGGAUGAUAGCAAUAAUUUAAUAACUUACGCCAAUUACUGGUUUAAGAAUCUUUCGUAUCUGGUUCAUGAAUAUCCUCAACUGCAACAAAUACCUAUGAUCGUUCACAUCAAUGAAUAUUUUGCGGAACACUUCUUGCUUACUGAGAAAUUUCGAUUUUAUCUCAGUCAACUUUGUGAACCCAAAGCAUCAUCGAUCAUAUUUACAUCCAAGCAAUUAUUCUAUCUACAAACAUGUCCAUUGUCUCUGAAUACCUACUUUUAUACGGAUCCAACGGUGUUUGCUUUUGGACCAGAACCAAUUCUUAAACAUGUAGCUAAUGAAUAUCUACAAAUAAUACAAGUACAAAGUUUUCUAGUCGAAUCAUGGAGUCGAGAAUUACUUGGUUGUAUGACCCAUCUGAUUGGAUUUAUGCGUUCGUUUCUCUGGUGGGCUCGAGAUCAAGGUACUGAACUAAAUCAUCUCCUUGUCACAGAAAAUAUCCUGUGUGAUUAUGUACGAGCAUUGCUGCACAUCAUAGAAUAUGAACCAUUUUACAAAUCUCUAAAGACACAAUGGUGCAAUGAUGAAACAAUUUUAUUCGAUUCUAUCUUACUCUUUUUGAUGAAUAUUAUACAAACACAAAAUAUAGAUUGGUUCUUUCGUUCAUUUCAACAAUUACCGACUGUUUUGUUGAGACUAGCAGACGCAUCCGCAUAUUAUCGAAUCUAUCUAUGUUCCUAUGGCAUAUUGAGUGAAGUGCUGUCAGAAGAAUAUUUGAAAGAAUUGAAGAUCACAGACAACAUCAAGGUUCUAUUUUUUAAUCUGCUCGAACAAGCAUGGAAUAAUCCGGUAAAGAAAUUCAAACAAAUACAUAUUGGCUAUUUCUUGAGAGGUUUUCUCAAUUUAUCGAAAAAUGAUUUUAUUCAAGAAGGUACAGCGAAAACAAAAAGAAUAACGUUAUUUGUUGAUAUGUGUGAUCAGUAUCCGAUCGUUUUCGACAUUAUCUGGGCUCUCUCAUUCAACCAUGAUAUUCAACAGCAACUUCGCGAAGAUACACCAUUCAUUCACAAACUCACUCGUUUAUCGAAUCAAGCCACCGAAGAACAAAUCAGAAAGGCAGUUGAUGGCAUACUCUGGAACUUACAGAUCCACCAACAGUCUCAUCCAUCACCUGAUAUCUCAUCUCAAAACGCUUUCGAUAUCAUGAUCAGCUACUCUCAUAAAGACAAGCCUCUCUGCAAACAGAUCUACGAUGAACUCACUCGACGAAACUAUCGAGUAUGGAUUGAUUUCGAUCAAAUGCACGGAAACGUGAUGGAUGCCAUGGCAGAAGCCAUCGAUCGAUCACGAUCUAUCAUCAUUUGUAUGAGCGAAGAGUAUCGAAAGAGUAAUUUCUGUCGAGCAGAAGCACACUAUGCAUUCCAGCAACAGCGUCACAUAGUUCCUGUACUGAUGCAGAAGCACUACAAGCCAGAUGGGUGGCUAUUGUUCCUGAUGGGUCAACUGCUGUAUGUUAAUUUCACGAAGUACGAGUUUGAUCAAGCCAUGGGAAUGCUUCUGAAAGAACUCGGUGCAAAUGAUGUUCAUCAAGUCGAUGUUCAACCUGUAGUAUCAAAAGACGCUGCAGAAGUGUCAUUGCCUUCUGUUCCACGCACUACAACUUCCAUAACAAAACCGUUGUCACUCGACACAGAACGACACAGCAUGCUCCAAUGGGCACAAGCUGAAGUACAAGAAUGGCUCACGAACCAUCACCUCGUGCAAUUAUGUCGCCUGCUGAGUGACUGUGAUGGUCGAAGUUUAGUUCAUUUGUACAGGUAUAUGAAAGGUGGUGAGAGAUCAGUCGUGGUGUCAUUAUUACAAGACGAUUGUAUUCGUCGACUGAAUGAAAGCAUAUCACUAAUUGAGAUCUCACGUUUUCGAUCGUUGAUGCACCAACAGAAGUGUAAUGAAAAUUCAACCAACACUACAAAGACGGCUGAAAGGACUUUUUGA